UAUCACAGGAGCUGUUUUGGGGGCUCUUUUUAGGGGGGCUGUUUUUUCGGGGGAUGUUUUUUCGGGGCUGUUUUGUGGGGGAUCGUUUUUAGGGCCUGUUUUUGUUGGGCGUUUUUCAGGACUAGUUUAGGGUCUGUUUUUAGGGGGCCUGAUUUAGUGGGGUGGAUUUUGGGGGGGUGGUUUCAGGGGCUGCUUUUGGGGGUCCCUGUGAUGUCCCGGCCCGGGGAGGCCUGGGGGGGUCCGUAGGGGCUUGGGGGGUCCAGGAGGGGCCCGGGGGGUCCCCGGGGGUCCCACCAUGGCCUCAGUGCCCGUUUACUGCCUGUGCCGCCUCCCCUACGACGUGACCCGGUUCAUGAUCGAGUGCGACGGCUGCCAGGACUGGUUCCAUGGCAGCUGUGUGGGGGUGGAGGAGGAGGCGGCGGCCGAGAUUGACCUGUACCACUGCCCCCAGUGCGCCGUGCUCAGGGGGCCCUCUGUCAUGAAGCGGCGCCGGGGCCCCCCCAAGGCUCCGGAUCAGGAUCCCCCCGGGAGCCGCCCGGCCCGGACCGGGAGCGCCCAGUUCAUCCGGGAGCUGCGGGGACGCACCUUCCCCAGUGCGGACGAGGUGCUACUGCGGCCGGGGGGGGCCCAGCUGACGGUGGAGUACCUGGAGGAGAACAGCUUCAGCGUCCCCAUCCUGGUGUCCCGGCAGGAGGGGCUGGGGAUGACCCUGCCCCCCCCCUCCUUCACCCCCCGUGACGUCCUGCACUACGUGGGAGCAGACAAGGUGGUCUCGGUGCUGGACGUGGGCCGCCAGGCCGAGCUCCGGAUGCGCCUCGGGGACUUUGUGGCCUAUUUGGGGGGUCCCCGGCGCGAGAGGGUCCUGAACGUCACCGGCCUCGAGUUCUCCGACACCAGGCUGUCCAACCUGGUGCAGACCCCCCGGAUCGUGCGGAAGCUCUCGUGGGUGGAGAACCUGUGGCCGGGGGAGUCGGCGCGGGAGCGGCCGAGCGUGCAGAAGUACUGCCUGCUGGGGGCCAGGGACGGCUACUGCGACUUCCACAUCGCCUGCGGGGGCACCUCGGCCUGGUGCCACGUGCUCAGGGGCGAGAAGAUCUUUUACCUGGCGCGUCCCUCGGCCGCCAACCUGUCCCUGUUCGAGGCCUGGAGCAGCUCCCGCAACCGCCCCGAGCUCUUCUUCGGGGACCAGGUGGAUCGGUGCUACCGCUGCCACCUGCGCCAGGGCCAGACCCUCUUCAUCCCCACGGGCUGGAUCCAGGCCUCGCUGACCCCCGUGGACUGUUUGGCUUUUGGGGGCAACUUCCUGCACAGCCUCAACAUCGGGAUGCAGCUCAGGGCGUACGAGCUGGAGCGGCGCCUCAGCGGCUCCGACCCCGUGAAGUUCCCCAAUUUCGAGACCAUUUGUUGGUACGUGGGGAGGCAUCUCCUGGACACCUUCCGAGGGCUGCGGGAGAACCGCCGGCACCCCGCGGCCUACCUGGUGCACGGGGCCAAGGCCCUGAGCGGGGCCUUCCGCGCCUGGACCCGCAGGGAGGUGCUGGGGGAGCACGAACACGAGAUCCCUGAAACCGUCCGACCGGGACAGCUGGUGAAGGAACUGGGCAGGGAGAUCCGGCUGGCUGAGGAGCUGUUCCAGCAGAGCACGGGGAUGUCGGGGACCCCCUUCGGCCCCCCCUGGGGGGUCCCAGCCCCCAAAAAGGGGGGUCCCCGCAAACCCCCCCCCAGCUCCCGCCCCUCCGACGAGGGGGGGGCCCCCAACCCACCCCCGGACCCCCCCGAGGAGGACGAGGAGGCUGACCCCCCCAGCUCCAGCGCGGAGGAGACGGACCCCGACUCGGAGGGGGACCCCCAGACCCCCCUGCACAACGGGGGGGCUCGGCCCCGCCGGAGCCGCCCCGGGGGGCUCUGGGGGUCCCGACCCCCCCCGUCCCCCCCCUGCUCCCCCCCCAGCUCCCCCUUGGACCUGGACUCGGAGGAGGAGCUGCAGAUUGAUGAGACCCCCCCUCGGAGGGGCCCCCGCCGGCUGCCCCGGCUGCCCCGGAAGCUGCCCCGGGCCAAGCCCUGCUCGGACCCCAACCGGGUGCGGGAGCCGGGGGAGGUGGACUUUGACAUCGAGGAGGAUUACACCACAGACGAGGAUGAGGAAGGAGCUGCCGGGGGCAGCGCCGGGAUCCUCGACCUGCUCAAGGCCAGUCGGCAAGUGGGGGGCUCCGAGUACCCCCAGCUCAGCGAGGCCCCCGCGUCCCCCAGCACGCGCGAGGCCAUCCAGGGGAUGCUGUGCAUGGCCAACCUGCCCGCGGGGACCCCCCUGGGCCCCCCCAGCUGGUGGUCCGGGGGCUCGGGGCCCGACCGGGGGGGUGCCGGGGGGUCGGGGGGGGGCAGGAGAGCCCCCCCAGCCCCCCGGAGCACGGACAGCGAGGCCGAGGGCAGCCUGGACGAGCAGGACAGCCUGGGGGCCUGCUUCAAGGACGCCGAGUACAUUUACCCCUCCCUGGAGUCGGACGAGGACGACCCGGCCCUCAAGUCCCUCCCCAAGAGGAAGAAGGUGACGGACGACGCUCCCUGGAGCCCCAAAGCCCGGGUGACGCCGUCGCUGCCCCGGCAGAGCCGCCCGGUGCGGGAGGGGACCCGCGUGGCCUCAGUGGAGACCGGACUGGCCGCGGCAGCCGCCAAGCUGGCCCAGCAGGAGCACCGGAAGCUGCAGCGCAGGAAGGGCCCCCCCACCAAACGCCGCCCCCCCCCCUCGCCCCCCUCCCCCGAGGAGGAGGAGGAGGAGGAGGAGGAGGAGGAAGAGGAAGAGGACGAGGAUGAAGAGCCCGACCCCGAGCCCGAGGGGGGGGAGGGGGACCCCGAGGUGGGGGGGGAGGGACAGGCAGAGGUCGGUGGGGGGGAGGGGGAGGCCGAGCCCCCCCCGGAGCCCCCCCCGGACCCCCUGUACCCCCCCAGCCUGGCCGACCACGAGUACACGGCCCGGCCGGGGGGGCCCCUCCCCCCGCCCGGGGGGGCUCAGCCGGGCAGGGCCCCCACCCCCAUGGCCCCGGGGGUCUUCCUGAGCCAGCGCAGGGGCCCCCCCGGCACCGCCCCCCCCCAGCACGGCAAACGCCCCCGGAAGGGUUUGGCCACUGCCAAGCAGCGCCUGGGCCGGAUCCUCAAGAUCCACCGGAAUGGGAAGCUGCUGCUCUGAGGGGGCGUGGUCACACCUGGCCCCACCCCUGGGUGUGGCCAACACAACCCACACCCCCUCCUUGCAUGGCCACGCCCACCCAGAUCACCUGAGGGGCAGGGCCAGGUGUGACCACACCCCUCCUGAUGUGACUCCACCCACCUUCCUCUUUGGGGUGCCAGCCUGGACACGCCCAUUGUGGGUGUGUCCUUAGACCAGACCACGCCCCACCCUGAGCCACACACAAAAUGGGCGUGGUUUGAAAUAAACCACCUCCCCCCGUGGUUACAGCCCUGCCCACCACUUGUAUUGGGGGUGGCCAACUCUGGCCACGCCCACAACGGUUACCACGGGGCCACGCCCAUCUCCAAUUAGGGACAUUCAGCUGCGCUGAUGGGCGUGGUCAUGCAAAGCCACGCCCCGAGGGAGGAGCUGCAUUCAGGCCCCGCCCACAGCAGAUCCCACCCUUCAUUAGCCGCGGCUGAAAGGGGCGGGGCUUUCUCCCUCAUCGGACACCGUGAUUGGUCGAGCCGUGGAAGGGGCGGGGCCUCCUCUGAUUGGUCCCUGCCGGGAUCUCCCUACAGGUGUCUUCAGGUUGAUUGACGGGGGCGGGGCCGCUUCCCAUUGGCUGCCCCGGUUUUGUAGGCGUGUCCGAGGCCGCAGCCUCGCCCCCUUUUUGUAUUUGUAGAAUAAAAACUGAAAAAAAGGAAAAACG